AUGGCAGAGAAUAAUAGUUACCAACACAUCAAUCAACAAAGAUGGGACGAGCGUGCUCCCUUUCACGCCGCCUCCGAGGACUACAAGGUCAACAGUUUCUUGACUGACCCAACCUAUAUCAGCCAGGUGGUCAAGUUUGACCAGACGCUUCUUGGUAGCAUCGAUGGUCUCAACUGCGCUCACCUACAAUGCCACAUUGGAACAGACACAUUGAGCUUGAGCCGUUUGGGCGCAGCGUCUGUGACGGGGCUUGAUUUUUCCCCUGCAUCUUUAAGAGAGGCUCGCAAACUAGCCUCGGCAACUUCUGCAAGCGGUGGCGAGAGGCUAUCGUUUGUUGAAGCAUCGGUAUAUGACGGCCUCAAGGUGCUCAUGCCGCGCACCUUCGAUCUGGUGUAUACCGGCAUUGGCGCCCUCUGUUGGGUUCCGCGUGUGCGCGAGUGGGCAGAGGUUGUUGCUGGCCUGUUGAAGCCGGGAGGACGACUAUUCAUAAGGGAAGGACACCCCAUCUUGUGGGCAUUGGAUGACAAGUCGCCGGAUAGGCUCAUUGUAGAUUUGCCUUAUUUUGAGCGCGACGAACCCACCGUGUUCCAUGACGAAGACACGUAUGUGGACACGGGAGGGCACAAAUUUGAGGCCUCGGCAAGUGCAGAGUUCAACCACGGCCUGGGCGAGAUAGUUGAGGCCCUGUUAUCACAGAAGAUGCGAAUCUCCGGAUUGGUUGAGCAUCAAAGCGUGCCCUGGCCGGCUAUCCCGGCACAGAUGGCGUCAGAUCACAGAGGCGAAUACAGUUUAAAAACCCAACCAUGGCGAAUACCUCAUUCAUAUACCCUUCAGGCUAUAAAGGAGUAA